AUGGAUAUCAUGAGUUCCUUCUCUAGUAUCUACUUUCAUGAUAGGGAGUUGUACUUGGCCACUGAAUAUGGGGAUGCACCCGCUCAUAGUGGACCUGUAAGCAAUAAACUUAUGAAACAAACUGGAGAUUCGAUAAGUCAGGUGUAUUUAUAUGCUAUUUCUCGUGAGAGAUUAAUGGGUCUUUUUCGUAUGGAUUUCAAACUAGCACUUCCCCUUUUGUUAGUGAUGCUCCUAUCCAUGGUUAUCUCUAUUUCUUUUAUUUUGUUCUUAACUAUAAGAGCAGCAAGACGAGAAAUCUUAUUACGUGCCAAAUUGAUAAAGCAAAUGGAGGCAACUCAACAAGCAGAAAGAAAAAGUAUGAACAAGAGCCUUGCUUUUGCUAGUGCAAGCCAUGAUGUACGUGCUGCCUUGGCAACCAUUACUGGUUUGAUUGAAUUUUGUUAUGAAGAGGUUCAUCCUAGAUCAAAGUUGAAGAUGAACCUGGUGCAAAUUAAUAAUUGUGUAGAGGAUCUUUUAGGAAUAUUAAAUUCUAUCUUAGAUAUAAGUAAAAUUGAAGCUGGAAAAAUGCAACUUGUGGAGGAUGAAUUUAAUUUGGUAGAACUUUUAGAAGAUGUGGUAGAUGUAUACUAUAAUGUUGGUAUAAGGAAAGACAUUGAUGUGGUUUUUGAUCCUUGUGAUGACUCCGUUUUCAAGUUCUCUAUCGUUAAAGGUGAUCGUGGAAAACAUAAGCAAAUCCUAAGUAACCUACUUAGCAAUGCUGUAAAGUUUACAACUGAGGGGCAUGUCUCACUUCGGGCUUGGGUAAAGAAAGCAAGCUUAGCAAACUCCAUACUUGAUUCCAAUCAUAAUAGCAUGUGGAGGUGUUUGUCACAGUUGGUUUACAAGAAUAGGAAGGCUUAUAAUGACUUCAAUGUUCUUCAUCCGAUGCAGCAGAAUCCAAAUACAAUGGAAUUUGUAUUUGAGGUGAAUGAUACUGGUAAGGGAAUUCCGAAGGAGAAGCAGAGCUAUGUCUUUGAGAAUUUUGUCCAAGUUAAAGAAACAGCACUGGGACAAGGAGGCCAUGGACUAGGACUUGGCAUUGUUCAGUCAUUGGUACGUUUAAUGGGUGGUGAAAUCCGUAUCAUGGAUAAAGAACAUUGUGAAAGAGGCACUUGUUUUAGAUUCAGUGUCUUUCUUACUAGAUGUGGAGCUACAACUGUUACUAGUACCGGAGAAGAGAAUACAUUACAAAGUAGUCACAUCUCAAAUGAUUUAAAGCAAAAUUCAGGGCUACAUAUUCGGCGCCAAACUUCUAAGUUUGAUAGCUCUCAUGUGGUACUCUUAAUUCAAAGUGAUGAAAGGAGAAGAAUCUCUCAAAGGAUAAUUGAAAGCCUCGGCAUAAAAGUGUCCAUUGUUAAUCGAUGGGAACAUCUUUUUCCUACCCUUGAGACUAUUAAACACAGAUUAAACCUCAACCAUCUUAGCUCUUCAGGAAAAUCUGAGUAUGGAUCACCUAUUAACUACAGAUCUAAGGUACUAGCAAAAGAUGGAAGUGAUUUUAUCCCUACUCGACACAAAAAGUUAAGUUUCAGAAAUACCAGCUUCAUAUUACUUGUGAUUGAUGUUGAUACAGGGCCCUUUUUAGAGAUGCAUUCAGUUAUUGCUAAUUUUAAUGAAGAACUCUAUAAUACACGUUGUAAGGUUAUUUGGUUAGACAAACCAAUUACUGGUACCUCUCAUGCGCAAGGCCUUCAAGAGGAUAAACUAGUUCAUUAUGAAUAUGUGGUAUCAAAACCACUCCACGGUUCUCGUUUGUAUCAAUUGCUUAGAAUUCUACCAGAAUUUGGGGGAAAUGCCAAAGGUGAUUUAGUGAAACCGAAAGAGGAACUAGUCGCACAGAUAAAUUUGGAUCCUGGUCCAUCUGCUGGAAAACCUUAUCGCAAAUCUAAAUCACAACUUAUGCAAUCCCAACAUGAGUAUUACUCACAAGAAGGAAAUGACAAACCCUUGAGUGGAAAGAAAGUAUUGGUUGCUGAAGAUGUUGAGGUUUUGCGCAAAGUGGCUAUUGCUAUUCUUUUUCGUCUUGGUGCAACGGUUGAUUCUUGUGUGAAUGGGGAAGAGGCAUUAGAACAGGUUUCUAAGGCACUAGCUGAAACAAAUUCAAGUACAAAGGCAGCUGAUAAAAUUCUUCCUUAUGAUUUGAUAUUCAUGGAUUGCGAGAUGCCAAUAAUGGAUGGGUAUGAAGCAACUACAAUGAUACGCUUGGAGGAGAGGAGGUAUGGUAUUCACAUCCCCAUUGUAGCAUUAACAGCCCAUGCAACAGCGGAGGAAGCAACUAAGAUUGUCCAGUCUGGAAUGGAUUUUCAUUUAACCAAACCACUAAAAGUAGAUCAAUUGUUGGGUUUACUUCAAAAUAACAGUUUGUGAAGUCUC